GCCAACGACAAUGCAUCAAAGUAACAGCAGCAACAGUUAGUGCAGCAUCAGUGUUAGCGUCGCAAAACAUAAAAAUGAAAUAUCUGCAAAUUUUCUUCCUUGUCAUCAUUUGUGUGGCGGCAUGUCUAGCAGCGGUUGCCGAACCGGAGGAUGCUAGCGCCUUGGAGGACAAAAAAAACAAUAAACGUGGUAUCUUCGGCUUCGGUUACGGACACGGCUAUGGUCACGGUUAUUAUGGCGGCUAUGGCGGCUACGGUGGCGGUUACGGUGGCGGUUACGGUGGUGGCAUUGGCCAUUACGGUGGCUAUCCACAUUAUGGCGGUGGUUAUGGUUUCCACGGUGGUCCAAUCUACGGUGGACAUGGCUACUUUCCUUACCAUGGUGGUUACUAUGGCGGCUAUCAUUAAGUGGCACAAAAGCACUUACAAACAUACAUUUAUAAAUUAAUUGCUGCAUAGCUUAAUAUCGACACUAACGUCAUGAAGUGUGCGAUUAUA